AUGGAAGAUACCAGCGAAUCACACUUCGCAAGCAAGGCCUCGAGUCCCCGGCGAAAGUCCUUUGUGACCAGCCCCAAGUUGACGCUGAAGACCAGUGGGCUAUCCGCGCCUACGAAUGCUCGACUUGCCCGGCUCAUGUCGCCGCUCUCUGCAUGUACAACCUCGUCCUGUUCCGACACGGAGUGGCAGCAACAGAUGCAAGGAUUCGACGACCUCUACGAUGCCACCGACGACGACAACUCGGCGGAUGACGAAACGGAAAUCAGCGAUACCUGCUUCUCCGCGCCGGGCACCAGACCCGGGAGCUUGGUGACACCGAUCACAAGGAAUUCGGUGACCUCGACGAGCAGUCGCGGUAGUCGCAAGCGCUUGCUGACUCUGGAAAUCCCCUCGCCGACGACGUGGCCAUCCAUCAAUGGAACUCACAAGAGUUCGCCCAUUCCUCCGACUCCUCCGCCCAAGAUUCCUGUCUCCCCGUUGGCGCUCUCGAUGCUUGCCCGCUCAGUGCCUGCAUCUCAUGCUCCACCCUCGCUUGAUGGAAGCAUAUCAUCCGAUCAGGAGUCAAACCUGAGCGCCUUCACUCCCGACACACACUCUCUACCGGAUACCAAUUGGGACUUGCCGAAUAUUCAUGUGCGGCCUGAUUUGGAAGGAAGCCAAGAUGGAGACCUCAGGAAUGAAGACGGCAGUCAUGAUCUUCAGGAGGUGCCCAUUGCGAUUGAGAGCCCACAGGAUGAUUGGCGCCAUGUUCUUGGUCGAUUCCCUCAAAUUCCCAACACUCUUCAAGACCCAGAAGAGGUUUCCCGGGAACCGACCCCGUCGGAUCAGGGCAUCCACCUGCCGGAUGGCGCACUGGCGAUGCUGCAUCACAUCCCUCUCAACGGUACUCCAGAGGCCUGGUCUGAAACAUCCGAGGGGAAUGAUGAGAUGUGGCAGCUCCAAGCAUCUUCGAGUCGACCUCGCAGCGCUGAUGGUGUCACACCAGCGUCAGAUCUGUCCGGCUACAGCUUCACAGUGGCCGAGGGCUUCUACAAUCUACCAUGGCGGCGAGAGGAAGGAGAGGUUGUCGAGCAGGUAAUUGAGUGGCCGGAACGUCCUCAGGGAGACCCCAUCACUGCUGUUCGAGAUGCUGAGGGCCCUCCAACUGCCAUUCGACUUCCAUGUGACACCCCAACUCGCCCAGUCGCUCAUCAGGACAGUCCCAUGAGUGUCAGCUUCGAGGCAGUCCAAGAGAUCACAAAGACUGAGAGUGUGUAUGAGUAUGAUGAGACGUACGACCACGAGCUCCAGGAACGUGCUGCUGCCAGCCUUGAUCGAACCAGUGUCUGGCUCGCUGCUCAAGCGUCAUACCUUUCUGCCCUCAGUGAGACAAACCCCGUCAACGAGCUUGAUCCCAAAGAGGACUUCACAAAUAUUGUCCUCGAUGAUUCUGUUGAACAACAGAAUAUCGACGCCAAGAAGGCUGUCCGAUUUGUUGAAGGCGUUCCGGAAACUAUCAGCCCGAAGCCACCGGUCCUUGCCAGCAAGGAUUCAAUUUACUGGCGAGGCUUCCAAUCCCUUCGGCAACGAUUGGAGAAGGGAGAUGGCUUCCUACACCGGAAUGUGCGCUUCGAUGCGAUUCAAUCAUUCCGACUGGGCUUGGUCGAUACGCACAUCAACUGCCUGAUAGGCAAAUAUGAGCUCAUUAGUCCAGAGCGGCCUGCAUACAAGGGUCCCUUCUCUCAAUCGCCACGCAAAUCAAUCAUCAGCUCUGUCCUCGCCGAGAAAGCACAAUUUUCCAAACUUGAGAAGGAGCAACUCGUCCUCGCCCAACUUUGUCAACCCAUGUGGGCCAUGGAUGCUCUACGGUAUUUGAACGGUGGGAGGUUGUUCACCAGUCCUGCCGGGAUGCAACUUGCACGUACUAAGAAACCUCCUCAUUCAGGAGUUCCCAGACGCCGUACCGUCAGGAUCUUGGACCUGGGUGGUCAUGUCUCGUGCGAGUGGGCCUGGCAAGCUGCCCUUGACUUCCCAAAUGCUGUUGUCUACUCGGUCGUCACCAAGGAUCGAAUCAUGAACAGCGGUAUCAAGGGACCCCCCAACCACCGCGUAUUUUCCGUUGCAAAUCUGUGGGAGUUGCCUUUCGGCGACUGCAAGUUUGAUGUGAUCAGCACACGCUCCUUGCAUGCUCUGUUAAAGACAGAAGCACCUGCUGGACAUGAUCGGGAUGAAUAUGACCUGGUCCUAAAGGAAUGUCUCCGCUGCCUUCGACCUGGCGGCUUCCUCGAGUAUAUGGUCCUCGAUGCCGAAAUUUCUCGUGCCGGUUCAUAUGCCUCAGCAUCAUCGGUUGAAUUUGCUUUCAACCUGCGUACGCGCGGCUACGACCCCAGUGCCUCAAAAGGCUUUCUCUCUCGUCUGCGAAAGAGCGGAUAUGUCGGCAUCAAGCGUGCCUGGAUGUUCCUGCCCGUGGGCAUGGAGCCCAGCGAGCCGCAGCUACUACGAGAGACGCCUGCUCCUCGCGUGCCAAGUCAAAUUGAAGAGUACGAGGCUGUGCAAGGUCCAAUUGGCAGCACGGGUGAUAUCGCCAGUAUGACUGGUCUGCUUGGUGGAUGGAUGUGGGAGCAGUGGCUUGUCCAGUUCCGUUUGGAAAUGGGCCGCGAGAGAGCCAAUUUGCUUGAAGGUCUCGGAGCAUUGUUCAAUGAGGGGCGGAAGAACGGAGCAGGCUGGACCUGCUUGUCCGGAUGGGCGAUGAAGCCAAAGCGCACCAAGACUAUCCAGCCCAAUGAAUUGGGUAUGAUCUGA